AUGGCCCCCCCUCAUCUACCAUCACCUCAGUCUACCUCUAUCUACCAUCCUCUGAUACAUGCUCAGACAUCCCAAGCGCAACGCGGGCAAGGUGCUUUGCCUGUCCGUGAGAUGAGCUAUGCCAUUGGCACGUCCGGUGCUCGUGUCUCUGUCAUACCAGCCAACCCCACCGCACUCUUAGCUGCAUCCCAGUCACCGCUAGCCUUAGGCUACACAGAGGCUCAUAAGCGGAUGAACAUGCAUCUCGACAAGUGGUCUGGAAGGGCUGCCGGUCGCCGAUCUUCAGAAACUUUUGAUGCCAAGCUAUUCAUGGCGAAGUUUACAAAAGGGCUUAAGUUUCAGCUGUUCGAGGACGUAGCCACUGCUGUGACAGGCAUCGAUGCCCACAUUGGGGUACAAGCUCUUCACGAACGUACAUUCUACACCCUUCUACCGCUUUUCAAGGAAUGGUCCUUCGAUUUUGACCUCAAGAUCGAAGACACUACCCUUCAUUUGAAGAAGCCUGUCGCUGCCCUUGUAGCCAACCCUACAUCUGAUAACGAUGCGGUGUACCACCUUCUCUUGACGGAGAAAGGUGCAGGCUCUAAGGCAACUCCGCGCUUCAAGUAUGGCACCGAAUUGGAUAUCUUUUGUGUCAUCAAACGCAACAAGCUGGAAGAAUGUGAUACUCACAGAAUUAACCGCCACCUCGCGCUUGAAGACACAGAGGCUUUUGGCUUUGCCGCAUCAUCCCAGCAAGUCGCUUCUCCAUCGAAGCCUCUCAAGCGGAAGAAUGAUACACUUUUCUUAUCGGGAUCUGAGUCUGAGAAUGACAAAACAGAUACGCUGCCUUCUCCUCAUCGUAAAACAAAGAACUCUUCUACUGGGAAAGGGAAAGCCCGUGCAAGCCCCAAGAAACCUAUUCCCGUGCAAUACUCCACUAAAACAGGUCAGGGACGUAAAGACAUCUCUGAUACCACCCAGUCUCUGUCCAACGACCUCAACAACACUAAACUGGUCCUACCAUCUACGCCUCCAUCGAACAAGUCUGCCGUGGUGUUUGUCUCACCUUCCCGCUAUAAAGAGCACCUUAACGCUGCUCUUGAAGCUCAGCAUAAACCUGCCAAAGAGCGCCUCCAAGAAGCGAUCACAGAGGCGAAGAAGUUCCCCCUGGUCAGCUUCUAUAUACCACCCCAACGAACAAUUGAAGAAAUCAUCAAGGACGCCAUAAAUGAUCCCCUACUCUCCACGUCGCUCACCACCUCCAACCUAAUGCGCCGAUGUGAAGUUAUCACGGUCGCUCUAGAGGUCAACCUAGUGAAAUCUCUUGGCGAUGGGUCCUUCAAAACAGCACAUCUGGGCAGAGUGUUGAGCGUUAUAUCGGGUGACACUCUGAUAAAGGAACUCACUGGUGAUAUCUGUGUCAAACAGUUCUUCUGGGGUGCGAAUGGCGGCGCUGUACGCAAGCGCUAUAGAGGCCUCAGUGAGCUUUCAAUGGUCUACCUGGAGCUCAUCUGCGUAGAGUGGGCUUCCGCCCUUCUGGAUAUGGUUUACAUGUUCAUGAAACGGGAGGAUAGCAAGAACGACAUAGGAAUCCCUCCCUUCGAUGUCCCCCAGAUGGCAUUUGUGAAGGCGGCAUUAGCGAUCUGUCAUCUCGGCAAGGAGGAAAAGAUACUGAUUAUCGAGCAAAUGAUACCUCAGUCUGUGGAUGGGGAGAACUUCUUCCUCUACAUUCACAAUGGAUCCGCCAUUCCUACCAUGUUCGACGAUCCUGGCCUUAUCGAGCGGGCAGAAUUCCUUGCAUUUGCUCAGCAUGUACAGUGGCUCAAAACCGAGGGUGAAGUCUUCAUAUCAGACCUUCAGGGUGGACGAACACUUCUCACUGAUCCCCAGAUCAUGACCAAUCCGUAA